CCUACAUUUCACAGAGUUAAAUAACGAUAUUUUGGAUACAUUUACAGGAAUAUAAAGUUGCUCUUGUUUUAUAGGUGUGUUUUACUAUCUGUUACUUAUCUAUUGCAUUAAACUACUAAAGGCCUGAAGGGGUUCAGCUGUGCAGACUCAACACUUGGACUUGACUCAGAAAAGCUGCAACAGGGUUUAUAAAAUGUUUACAGUAGUCAUCAAAAUAUGGAAUUUUGUGCGUUGUCUAUAUAUCUUCAAGAAAAUCUCUCAGUGCACAAUUAUGCAUUUUCAAAAGGCGCAAUUUCAGAAGAGAGAGAGAACGCUUUAGCACGUCCCUUGCGCUGUGUAAAAAUGUGGAGUAUUUAUUCCUUGAUGGUGCAGUUGCACUUUCAUCCUUGUGGCACUGUACUGACGCAAAAGCUGGAACUGAGGGAUAUCUGAACUGACGUGCUGUAAAGCUGUCGGCUUUAAGGAAGCGGAGCCGCAGCAUGCCACUAUAGCACCUCCCACACACAGAAAACCGAGUCUACGUUACUGCCACUGUUGAUAUCGAUGGCAACACGUACAUCGAGAAACAACGUGUAUGUUUUGUUGGCGUUUCUCAAAAAAGCGGAAAGAAUGUCGGAAAGGGCCGAUGAUGACGUCAGGGGGGAGCAGCGCAAAGCGGCCAGGCAGCUCAGGCAGCAGCAGCAGCAGCAGCAGCUCCAGCAGGGAGAAGGCUCCACAGCAAUGGCGACUGUAGGGGAGCGCAGAUCGCUGCCCAGUCCAGAAAUCAUGUUGGGACAGCCCUGGAGCAGCUGGGUCGAUGCUGCUAAACUUCACGGGAACGACGGUGCGGAAUCGGAGGAAAGUUUGAAAGAGUGCGGGAAAAAUCGAGAAGCAAUGAGACUCUGCAGGGAAGAUAUGCCUAUAUUUGGUCAGUGUCCUGCUCAAGAUGAUUUUUACUUGGUGAUGUGUAACCAUUGCAGUCAGGUUGUCAAGCCACAGGCAUUUCAAGCACACUAUGAAAGACGACACGGCUCAUCCAGCAAACCCCCCCCAGCUUCGACAUCUCUCUCCGCCUUUCCGCUGUCAACACCGUCGUCGAAAAACAACAAGAGCGGCGGCGGUGGGGGGGGCAGCAGCAACAGUGGUAGCGGUAGCGGCAGCAGCGGCCGCUCGUCCAGUGGCAAUGGCGCCUCCUCCAACUCCAAAAUCCUGAAACCGGCCAAAGAAAAGCUGCCCAGCAUCAGCGGGAACAACAGGCCCAUGCACAUGCCAUACAGCAAGGUGCCUCAUGACAAGAUCAUGACUCCUUCUGUGAAAGUGGAAAAGAUGCCUCUAAACGCGAGAGUUGACGGUGCAUCGUUAAAACCUGUUCCGGGUCCCACCUCUUCUACCACUGUGAGCUCCUCAAUAAAGCCAGGCCUUAACUGUCCCUCAAUACCAAAGCCACCCCUGCUGUCUCCUGGACAAAUUCCCAAUGGGAAAGGUCUUCUCUCAACGCCUGACAAGAAGCAAGAUGACAGUAAUAUCAGUAACAAGAGACAGCUGCACAAAAGACUGUCGGAGCGUGAGUUUAACCCUGAUUUCCACUGUGGGGUUCUGGAUCUAACAACACGGAAGCCAUGCACAAGAUCUUUGACAUGCAAGACACAUUCCUUAAGCCAGCGUAGAGCAGUACUGGGUCGAAGAAAGCGCUUUGACGCUUUAUUAGCUGAGCACAAAAGUAAAACCAGGGAAAAAGAGCUACAUCGGAACUCGGAGUGUUCUCAGCAAACCACCCCUCUCAGGGAACCUCACCCCCCCCAAGAAACACACCAAAUUUCUCACGGAAACAACCCCGCCGAGUCCAAGCCUUCAGCACCAAGUAAAGCUAAACCUCACAAUCCUAGUCUUCCACGACCCAAUAUUUACUCCACGCACCCUGUUGGGAAUGUCUCCAGUGACCCUGCUUCAGUCCACGAGUCUCCCCACCACUCCACACCAGCAGCUGAGACAGCGUCCCGGCUCUCCAGCGAUGAGGGGGAGAAUGAGGAGAAGGAAGACACUGUGGACAAACUGGAUUGCCACUAUUCAUGUUAUCACCCACGACCAGCAGCUUUUUGCUCCUUUGGCAGUCGGCAGUUUGGUAGAAGCUGCUAUGCUUUCGACAGACGAUGGGAUCGUGUUCGAUAUGCACUUAGCGCUAUGGUGGAUAAGCACGUGAAUUCUCAAAUGUGGAAGAAAAUUCCUCCAGUGUCCGAAAACACAGCGUCCACAGCGCCACACAAGACAAGCACAAGCUCUUUGCCUAUGUCACACUAUGGUGUGAAUGCCACAGGAUUCCUGUGCCCCUCCUCAGUGAUGCCCUCACCAGUGCUGGUCUCCCCUCCCUAUGCGCAGUCUUUUGACAGCAAAUCAAUACUUUCAUACGGGACUACUUUAAGUGCCCGUACUUCUCCGUUGAGUUCUAUCGACCAUGCUGCAUACAACACGCAGUCGAGACAGGUGUCUUCUUCGCCCCAAAUGCCUUCAGGACACUCAGCAGUACCUUCCCUGUUAUCGAGUAGACCUCAGAAAUCCAAACCCAGCAGCAAGUCUUUCAGAUCCAAGGAGCCUUCUGCAACAAUCACUAACUGUAACAGCAGCAGCAGCAGCAGCAACAACAACAGCAGCAGCAGUAGCAACAGCUCGGGAAAGAAAAGGAAAAACAGCUCCCCGCUGCCUGCUUAUUCGUCUUAUUCUGCAGAGUCACCUUCUUUCAAGAAAAACUGUGCAGUGAACUCUGGCAGCUCAGGGAGCAUGUACCACGCAUCGGUCACUUCCUCAUCCCAUGGCAGCGUCCACAACACGGGCCUCAACUGCAGCACCAACAGGACAAACUCUCUCAGCCUCAAACACGACCAAUCAGGGAGGGGCCCUCCAUCGGGGAGCCCCGCAGAAUCAAUAAAGCGAAUGAGCGUGGUUAUGAAAAGCAGCGACUCCACUCUCUCGCUUGGACCUUUCGUUCACCAGUCCACGGAGCAGGCUGUGAACUCGCACAGUGGCUUCUCGCACCCUCACGCUCCCAUGGACAGGCUAGAAGGGAAGAAGCGGAAAGGCUCCCCCGCUUCCAGCAGCGUUAACAGCAGCAGCAGCAGACCCAACAAAGUGGCCAAGUCGCCUGGAGUGAACAACAUCCAUGCAAAGCAUGGCCGCACAAUCCCAGGGACACAAGGACUUCCAAACAACUCGCUAAUACAACAGCCAAAGGCGCGUCCCUGACGACUGCUGUUUUAGUUCUUGCUUCGAAAAAGAACUGGACAUCAAGCAGAGACAUACUGGUCCGGUACUCUGAUUUUCAAGAGGCCUUUGUUAUCUCAGCUUCCCAUGUUCCUCAGGGCUGGAGCUCUACUGAACUGUCAAGUUACAUCAAGGAAUUCCCCAAAGCCAUGUCUGUAGCAAUGCCACAGUCGAGGUUCCAUGCCAACACUGGAUGAAGAUCCAUCAGGCUGUUGCUCUAAUCAGUGUUAAUAGUGGAAAGGACAUGCUGACUACACAUCUAUGAGGUUGUCCUUUGAAGAAUAGUGUAUGCAGUGACCUCACACUAAAAUAUAAGGUACAGAUAAGGGCUGGGCAACAAGUGGUGGGUUAAUGCCUGCGUAUUUGUACCCAAAACCAAAAGUUGCAUGAGGGAGUGACCUGUGUGUUACUAAUAUGAUGCUUUGGUUUCUACCAAUCUCUUCCUUGUAGUUGGAUGCAAGUGCACAAUCUGUGUGUUCAGCAGGACAGACUCUGCAGAACUACUUGGAUUAAAACCUAAAAAGCCUAGCUUCUGAGUAGGCAAGUAGGGGUAAGAAACUGUCAGGAGUUUUUUGUUUUAGACACAGAUCACUUUGACGGUCACUGUUCAGUUUCUCGGGAACAUUAUUUUUGUUUCUGACUGCUUAUUUGUUGUUAAAUCAUUUCAGUAUUUUUAGCAUUUAUCCAUCAAUUAAUUCUAGAUUGAUAUUCAGCUGCUGAAGCAUAACCAUUUGGAGCCACUGAAUAUUGUUCAUGCCCCCAUUUUAUGCAAGUGGUAGUUUACAUUACAUUGAAAAAAAGGUUUUAUUUAGAGGGAGAAACGUUCUGUGUAGCACUGAAAAGACCAAGCAUUGUGAGUUUUUUGUUCUAAAUAAAAUUUUCAAUGUGAUAUGACAAUGAAGUUCCUCUUAAAUAGGGAAAUGCUGACUCUGCAGAUGGUUGUGCAUUUUAGCAAUUGCAAUUACACUUAAUUGUUACACGUGUCACCUUAUAAUGUGAAUAUAAUUGCCUGGAUGAUUGGAUUAUGUCACAAUUUUUUUUAGGUUAUUAUAUACAACCUGUUGGUCAAAAGGAUACAAAUAUAUAAGUGCUUAGUCUUUAAAGUAAAUUUCACUUCAAUAAUCAGCGAUUACUACACUAAAAUUCAGAUAUUAUUUAUUUCUAUUUUACCAUGAAUUUAUGAAGUUUUUACAUCAAACAGUUCACUAGAAUUUAUGCUUGUGGUUAUUUAUAAACCAGUGAUCCUUAACUUCUGUAGUUUUCUUGCACAGUUUUUCAAUUGUUAGCUUUGCAAACUUACUGAUAGGAGUUUUAAGUGAAGUGAAGGCAGUUACAUACAGUGGCUAUUUAUUUUAACUCCUGAGGUUUUCUUAACCCUAUCUGUCACUUAACGAACAAAAUUAUAAAGCAGAGUCAGUUUUGUAUCUUUAUUUUGGCUUUUCUUGUAAUGGAUUAUACAAAUAUUGAAGUAUCCCUAUUUCAGAAUACAUAUUUUGUUAAAAAUGUACAUAUUUAAAUAUGUAUUUUUGCACAGGCAUUUUUCUUAUAUCCAAUUUUGGUACAAUUGAGAUCAUCAAUAUUUAUUUAUUUAGUAAAUAAUAAAUAACAACUUAAAGGACUUUUAUUAUUUGAAGUGGUUCACUGCCAAGCCAAUAAUGCAAUAUGCCUAUAACAGAAAUUGAUGGAGAUUUCUUUACUAUGUACUGGGAUUAUUUGAAGGUUAAGUGUUGUCAUUGAGCUCUGUCAUAUGGAAAAGCAAAGAAAAUCUUAAUUCUGGAAGGUCUUACAGUUUUGCUUUUUCAUGUUGGUUUUCCAGAGAUGCAAGGUGAGCAGAAAAACUCCAGUCUGACCAGCUCAGCCUCACAAAUGUCCAGUAUGUAAUCAGUAACAUCCCCAGUUCCUUUCUGGCAGCACUUUCCCUUUAAUGUCUUGGGAGUAGGGCAAUUAGAACAAGGAAGAACAACUUUAAAACAAUGCAACUGCUUGCAUCAUUGUUGCCAAACGUUUAAUUUGAAACACUGCUUUUUACUGAAGACUUUGUUUGCAGCUUUUAGAAAAUAAUGGGGAAAAAAGAAAGUGCCUGAAAAUAGUUUCACACUAUGACUGUUUUAAGGACAGCUGUUUUUUAUUUUUUUUAUAAGACUUGAAUGUUUAAAAUUGUUUAGGAGCUUGCUUUUUCCACCUGACAGUGGUUCUUAAUUGUGGGAAAAACAUCAAAACUUAUGUCAGCUAGCCUCAAUGUCAGAAUCUCUUCUUCAGAAGAUUAUGUACAGACCUGACUUAUUUUGAAAACCAUAAGAGAAACAUUUUUGGUUUUCCCAUUCGGUCUGGUGACACUGAUUCUUUUAGACUACUGUUGAAAUUAAAUCCAGUUCUGUUUCAAGAAUGAAAACUGAGCUUAAUAAAUGUUGGCCUCCAUGUGUUUUGUUAAGAUCCAACUAUUUAAACUAAAAGAGAAAUCUCAAAAGGUGUUUUGUUUACCUUAACAUUCAAACUUUUCUGACAGUUCUGCCAGUGUCU